AAGGGCACAAAAAUAACAUAGCAUAACGCCAAUCGAUAUGAGUCAGCUACACAUGUGCAAGAGGGCAUGGCGAGCUCUCCCUCACUCAUCACCCACAACCGUCUCCUUUGACAUCGCAUCCUAGGCCACCAAACACGUUGGAGGCGCAACCUCAAAACCAUGGCUGCUAGUUUAGGUCAGAGCAUGUGCUGUCUUGCUGCUACCUCAACAUCGCCAAAGAAGAAAGCGCAUCCGCAAGGACACCCAGGGCUGAAAGACCGACCACACGCAUGUAACCGACCUUCACAGCACUGCCCCGCUUUACUCGGCACCCAUCCUCAUUCCACCACUCUUCGCUGACUUUGCGCAACACUGCUGGCGUCACAAAUCUUUAAACUACGUCGCCAAUCCAUCUAUUACUCAGCAGUCUAGUGUUCAACUACUUUCUCAGCGCGCCAUGCGACCUUAUCGACGCGUUAUCACUUUCA